CACAUUUUGAACAACGUGUCUUCCCCUAACCGUCCUCUCUCUCUGCGUGUGUGUAUUGUUUUGUUCAUGUAUUUUACCCGCCCCUUUUUCCUCUUCCAAUUCUUCCUUUCUUGCGUCUUCCUCCACCUACUAUUCUAUAUAUUCCCCUAUCCAAACUUGUUCUAGUUAUCUUCCUUCUUUUUUUUUAGAUUCUGAGAAAGAUAAGGAUACCCACUAGUAUUUUCCUUGUCAAUUAUGGACGAUUCGUUGGAAAAGAAUAAUGGGUUAAAGGAUUCCGGUGAGGUUCCGGUUGAUUUUGAACUGGUAAUACAGGGUGAUAAUGGGAAUCAAACGAAUAAGGAGAGUACUGUUGCUAAUUCUACCAACAUACAAGGAUCUGUUAGCGGGGAUGAGACUGGGCAUAGUGCUACAAAUGUGGAAAAGCCUGUGAAGAAAUCGGAACCUGGUACCAGUCAGCCAGUCAAAGCUGGAAGACACAUACAAAACAAGAACAAAGGUCUAGGUUUGCUAGCAGCAAAGCUUUUUGAUGAUAGAGUUCCUUUAAGAAAAAAGCUCAAAUUGUUCAAUAGGCUUGCAACUAUUCAAGAUGAUGGUACUGUACAAUUUGAAGUUCCGGGGGAUAUUAAACCCGGAAAACUUGAUUUUGGGACCGGAGUUGUUUACAAUGGAGCUUCAGAUGAAGCAGCAAAUGACGUAGCUGAUAUUCCAGUACUACCUCCAUUGCAAAUUGUUAUGCUCAUUGUUGGGACGAGGGGAGAUGUGCAACCUUUUGUUGCCAUUGGGAAAAAGCUUCAGGAAAAUGGUCAUAGGGUGAGACUAGCAACUCAUGCCAAUUUUAAAGAGUUUGUUUUGGGUGCUGGGUUGGAAUUUUAUCCUCUAGGCGGAGAUCCAAAGGUUCUUGCUGCAUACAUGGUAAAAAAUAAAGGGUUUUUGCCAUCUGGACCUUCUGAAAUACUUAUUCAACGUAAUCAAAUAAAAGAUAUUGUAUUCUCCUUACUACCUGCAUGCGUAGAUCCCGAUCCAGAGUCAAAUGUUCCAUUCAGAGUAAAUGCCAUUAUUGCCAAUCCUCCUGCAUAUGGACAUAUGCAUGUAGCAGAGGCCCUCCAAGUACCAUUGCAUUUAUUUUUCACAAUGCCAUGGACGGCUACUAGUGAGUUUCCACAUCCUCUCUCUCGUGUCAAGCAGUCAGUUGCUAAUAGACUGUCAUAUCAAGUCGUUGAUGGACUGAUCUGGCUUGGGAUUCGGGAUGUGGUAAAUGACUUCAGGAAGAAAAAGUUGAAGUUAAGGCGAUUAACUUAUUUGAGUAACUCCAACAGUUUCCAUUCAGAUGUGCCUUUUGGGUAUAUAUGGAGUCCACACCUAGUUCCUAAACCGAAAGAUUGGGGCCAAAAAAUUGACGUGGUAGGGUUUUGCUUCCUAGACCUUGCUUCCAAUUAUGAACCCCCAGAAUCACUCGUUAAAUGGCUUGAAGAUGGUGAAAAUCCUGUAUAUAUUGGCUUUGGAAGUCUUCCUGUUCAAGAACCUGAAAAAAUGACCGAGAUAAUUGUUCAAGCUCUAGAAAUUACUGGACAAAGAGGUAUUAUUAACAAAGGCUGGGGUGGCCUUGGGAGCUUGAAGGAACCCAAGGAUUUUGUGUACCUGUUGGAUAAUUGCCCCCAUGAUUGGCUAUUCCUGCGUUGUGCUGCUGUGGUGCAUCAUGGAGGUGCUGGAACAACUGCUGCUGGACUAAAAGCCGCAUGCCCAACAACUGUGGUACCUUUCUUUGGGGAUCAACAAUUUUGGGGUGAACGUGUGCAUGCUAGGGGAGUAGGUCCUGCUCCCAUCCCUGUGGACGAGUUCUCCCUAGAAAAGUUGGUCGCUGCCAUCCGGUUCAUGCUAGAUCCAGAGGUAAAAGAACGUGCUGUAGAACUAGCAAAAGCCAUGGAACAUGAGGAUGGAGUGACUGGAGCUGUGAAAGCAUUCUAUAAACAUUUCCCUCUAGAAUCACUUGAGCCUAAGCCUGAGGUCUCGCCUCGUCCUCCCCGUUUCUUUUCCCUAAGACGCUGUAUCGGACACUCCUAAUUUUUUUAAAUUCAAAUUCUGCUUCUGUAUGAUUCAUGUUGUAGAAAUAGAAAAAGUCGCUGGAUGUGUAACCUAGGUACAAAAAUUGAAUCCAGAAAUUUAGAAUUCGGGAUCAUGUCCCUGAGUUUGAUUGUAUUUUCAAUUGUGAGGUUUUGUUUUUGUUUUGGAAUGGAGUGAGGAGUUAAUGGGUGGUGUUGUUGCAUCAAAGGGAGUUAUAUAUGGAAAUGUUUGUUUCAUGCUUGA